UACCCAGAAAAAAGGCGCGUCCAAUCCAAUCUAGAGCGAGGACAGCACAAGAAAAGCUUCUCUCGGUGGUUAGACUCACAUCAGAUCUCCCUGUUUCUGUUCUUUACACCAAACAGUUCAGAUCUACGCGGCAAAUUCUUUUCUUCUAAUUCUCUUCACUCGUCUAUUUUUGUUUGCUUCAAUGCGGGCUUGUUCUUGAUCUGCUAUUCACACUCUUAGAUUUCAGGACGAUCUUACUCUCAAUUACUAUUUCUUCAAUUAGGUUUUGGAUAUUGAGCGGGGAAAGAUGCUGACGAAAUUUGAGACGAAAAGUAAUAGAGUUAAGGGACUGAGCUUUCACAGCAGGAGACCAUGGAUCUUGGCCAGUCUACAUAGUGGUGUAAUCCAGCUUUGGGAUUACAGGAUGGGGACUCUCAUUGAUCGAUUUGAUGAGCAUGAUGGACCCGUCCGUGGCGUUCAUUUUCACGGGUCUCAGCCGCUUUUUGUCUCAGGAGGGGAUGAUUACAAGAUCAAGGUAUGGAAUUACAAGUUGCAUAGGUGUCUGUUUACCCUUCUUGGGCACCUUGAUUAUAUCCGUACUGUUCAGUUCCAUGAUGAAUAUCCAUGGAUUGUUAGUGCUAGCGAUGACCAGACUAUUAGAAUUUGGAAUUGGCAAUCACGAACUUGCAUUUCAGUAUUAACAGGACACAACCAUUAUGUCAUGUGUGCCUCCUUCCAUCCUAAGGAAGAUCUGGUUGUGUCGGCAUCCUUGGAUCAAACUGUCCGUGUAUGGGAUAUUGGUGCCUUGAAGAAGAAAUCAGUUGCCCCUGCAGAUGAGAACCUACGGUUUAGUCAGGUGAACUCAGAUUUUUUUGGUGGAGUUGAUGUUGUCGUUAAGUAUGUUCUAGAGGGUCAUGACCGUGGCGUUAACUGGGCUUCAUUCCAUCCCAAUCUACCUCUUAUUGUCUCAGGAGCUGAUGAUCGGCAAGUGAAAAUUUGGCGGAUGAAUGAUACAAAAGCAUGGGAGGUGGACACUUUGAGGGGGCACAUGAAUAAUGUGUCCUGUGUUCUGUUUCAUGCAAGACAGGAUGCUAUUGUUUCCAAUUCAGAGGAUAGGAGCAUUCGUGUGUGGGAUGCCACAAAGCGGACUGGUCUUCAGACAUUUCGAAGGGAGCAUGACCGGUUCUGGAUUCUUGCAGCACAUCCUGUGAUGAAUCUUUUGGCUGCUGGGCAUGAUAGUGGCAUGAUUGUUUUCAAAUUAGAGAGAGAGCGCCCUGCUUUCUCUGUGAGUGGCAAUACAAUGUAUUAUGUCAAAGAUCGUUUUCUGCGAUUUUAUGAGUUCCCAAGUCAAAAGGAAGCUCAGGUGAUGCCAAUUCGAAGACCUGGUUCUUCCAGCUUGAAUCAAGGAGCAAGAACGCUUUCUUAUAGCCCUACAGAAAAUGCUGUUUUGAUUUGUUCAGAUUUGGAUGGAGGAUCUCAUGAACUUUACAUUAUACCUAAAGGCAGCAGCGGCAGGGGUGAGACUGUUCAGGAGGCAAAAAGAGGUGUUGGAGGGUCAGCAGUUUUUGUGGCUAGAAAUAGGUUUGCUGUGCUGGAAAAGAGCAGCAACCAAGUGUUGGUGAAGAACCUUAAAAAUGAGAUUGUCAAGAGAACUGCCCUACCUCUUCUUGCUGAUGCAAUAUUUUAUGCUGGAACAGGAAACUUGUUGUGCAGAGCAGAGGAUAGAGUCUUUAUUUUUGAUAUCCAGCAGAGGCUUAUUUUUGGGGAGCUCCAAACUCCUUUUGUUAGGUAUGUUGUUUGGUCAAAUGACAUGGAGAGUGUGGCACUUCUGAGCAAACAUUCAAUUAUAAUCGCCGACAAGAAGCUUGUGCAUCAAUGUUCUCUUCAUGAGACGAUCCGAAUAAAGAGUGGAGCUUGGGAUGACAAUGGUGUUUUCAUAUAUACGACCCUGAACCACAUGAAGUACUGCCUUCCUAAUGGUGACAAUGGGAUCAUCAAGACUCUUGAUGUCCCACUGUACAUCACAAAAGUGGCUGGAAACACCGUUUAUUUCCUGGACCGAGACGCAAAAAGCUGUGCUAUUGUCAUUGAUGCGACUGAAUAUAUUUUCAAAUUAUCUCUCCUGAGGAAGAGAUAUGACCAAGUUAUGAGCAUGAUUAGAAGCUCAGAGCUCUGUGGGGAGGCAGUGAUUGCAUAUUUGCAGCAGAAAGGUUUCCCAGAAGUUGCCCUUCAUUUUGUGAAAGAUGAGCGGACACGUUUUAAUUUGGCAUUAGAGAGUGGCAAUAUCCAGAUUGCGGUGGCUUCUGCUAAGGAAAUUGAUGAAAAAGAUCACUGGUAUAGGUUGGGGGUGGAGGCUCUUCGUCAGGGUAAUGCAGGCAUUGUAGAAUAUGCAUACCAGAGAACCAAGAAUUUUGAGAGGCUGUCAUUCCUUUAUCUUAUAACUGGAAACAUGGAUAAGUUGUCCAAAAUGCUAAAAAUCGCUGAAGUAAAGGAUAAUGUGAUGGGUCAGUUCCAUAACGCUCUUUAUUUGGGUGACAUUAGGGAACGUGUAAAGAUAUUGGAGAAUGCUGGACAUCUCCCCCUUGCAUACACCACAGCUGCUACCCACGGGCUCCAUGAUAUUGCUGAACGUCUUGCUGCAGAACUAGGGGAUGAUGUCCCCUCCUUGCCCGAGGGGAAAUCACCAUCUCUUUUGAUGCCUCCAAGUCCAAUUUUAUGUGGUGGAGAUUGGCCCUUGCUGAGGGUCAUGAGAGGAAUUUUUGGGGGUGGUCUUGAUAAUGCAGACAAACAUGUGCAGGAAGAGUAUGAAGAUGCUGCGGAUGCUGGUUGGGGUGAUGAUUCGGAUAUUGUUGAUGUUGAAAAUAUGCCCAAUGGAGAUACCAGCAUAGUACUGGAGGGUGGAGACGAGCAUGAAGAAUAUGAGGAGGGAGGAUGGGAUCUUGAGGAUCUUGAUCUUCCACCUGAGAAUGAUACUCUGAAAACUGCAAACAACUCUCGUUCUUCUGUAUUUGUUGCCCCAACUCCUGGUAUGCCUGUUAAUCAAAUUUGGAUCCAGAAGUCAUCUCUGGCUGCUGAGCAUGCUGCAGCUGGCAAUUUUGAUACGGCAAUGCGCUUGUUGAGCCGGCAGCUUGGAAUAAGGAACUUUGCUCCAUUGAGACCAUUAUUCCUUGACUUGCAGAUGGGCAGCCAUAGUUAUCUCCGUGCUUUCUCUUCGGCCCCUGUGAUUCAGCUUGCAAUUGAGAGAGGAUGGAAUGAAUCUGCCAGCCCUAAUGUGAGGCAUCCACCAGCUCUUGUGUUCGAUUUCUCCCAGCUGGAAGAGAAGCUUAAGGCAGGCUACAAAGCCACAACUGCAGGAAAAUUUACAGAGGCUUUACGGCAUUUCCUCAGUAUACUUCAUACCAUUCCUCUGAUUGUUGUUGAGACAAGGAGGGAGGUUGAUGAAGUGAAGGAACUAGUUGUGAUUGUAAAGGAGUAUGUUCUAGGUCUGCAGAUGGAGCUCAAGAGGAGGGAUAUUAAAGGCAAUCCAGUUCACCAGCAGGAGCUAGCUGCGUACUUCACUCACUGUAACCUUCAACUACCACACAUGAGACUUGCAUUAUUGAAUGCAAUGACGGUUUGUUAUAAAGCUGGCAAUCUCAACACAGCUGCUAACUUUGCUAGGCGACUGCUGGAAACCAAUCCUACCAUUGAAAGUCAAGCUAAAACUGCACGCCAAGUCUUGCAAGCUGCUGAGAAGAAUAUGACAGACAAAUCCCAGCUUAAUUAUGAUUUUAGAAAUCCAUUUGUAGUUUGUGGGGCAACUUAUGUGCCUAUAUACAGGGGACAAAAGGAUGUAUCAUGCCCAUACUGCAGUUCACGUUUUGUUCCAUCCCAGGAAGGGCAACUUUGUACUGUUUGUGAUCUUGCUAUAGUUGGAUCAGAUGCAUCUGGGUUGCUUUGUUCUCCUUCCCAGAUAAGAUAAAGAGCUAUGCAAUUAGGAGCAGCAUUCAACUGUUGGCAACAUAAUUUGCUUGUGCUUGUUUAUUCUUUUCUCCAAUAGCAGGAUUGCUAGUUCCAUUUCAAGAGUGGAUUCUACCAAGGUUUGCUCUAUUUCUUUUUAGUUUUAUUGCCGGAUUUCGCCAUUUGUAUUGUUACGGUUAUGAUUUUUCACUGUAAUAAACCACGGGAGAAUUUUGGCCUAGGCUACUUUUAUGACUUGUGAGCUGGAGAAUUUAGGUUCUGAUGGUAAACUAAUUCCAAAGUAUGUAUUUAUUUGAAAUUUUGAAUUAGCUGGGCAGGAUUAUUUGUCCUUUCUUUGUAUCAGAAAGUACUAAUAUAUAAUGGGUUUCAUGCAUGCA